AUGUUUGAACCCGCGCCGGCCUGGCUGACUUCUCGUCCUGGGGUCUUCUUAGUCUCGUGGCUUCUUCACGUUUCGUCCACUCUUUCUUUCACCUGUUCGUGGGACUGGUUGCUGGACAAGUUCCGACCAAAGGGGGUAAACUCUCUCUCUCUCUCUUGCUCCCCAAUCUUUCCCAUCCCAGCUAAGUCAGCUAGUAUCCCGUACCUCUGGACUCUAGAUCAAUCCAUCGAUCCAUCAGUCAAACGCCCAAAAUUGCCUCCACGAGUUCCACCCCCCGGUUUUAUUUCAUUUUCCCCGUUUUUUUUUUUUUCGUUUUUUUUGGUACUGCGUUACUCCAUACGGCGUAUCUUUCUUCUUUCUCGGUUUACCUUUCCCGAAUCCUACGAGAACCUAGGGGCAUGCAGACGCAGACGCCGACCCAGACGAGAGAGGAACCCAACAGAGAUUGAGAAAGAGAGAGAGGGGAAAAUUAGUUCACACAACCCGCAAGCCAAUUUUCAGUCUAAUCGAACUACCGCUGACUGCCCGUCCUAUAUCGUACGGGGCCGGCAUAGUCGCAAAAUAUCAAACAGGACCCUAUUCCGGUCCUGCUCUAGCCUCUUACCAGCAGCAAAUCCCAUACGGAUACUUGGCUACCAUACCAAAGGCGCAUUAUCCCCCCCCCCCUCCAUCCACACACCACGGCGCACGCCAGCCAAGCGCAAACACCUAAAACCAAAGAGAAGGGGGAACCGUCAAGUCUCACGUUGCUGA